GUACGUGCCAUUACGUGCGCCCGGAUUUCGACGAUCGGCCGACCGCUUCGCUCCACUCCUGUGGAGACAGUCAGUCGUUUCGAAGCUGCCGAGUUGACCGGGCGGUUCUAGUCGAGAGCCGUAGAGAGGCCGCGUCGUUCCGCGCUGUGUAUCUCUCUCUCUCUCUCUCUCUCUUUCUACAUAUUUCUCUUUCUCUCUCUACGAGACCGUCACCUUUAUUCUUUCACACCCUGUCCCAGCCUUUGUUGGCCGCCCCAUCGAGACUAUGAGGACCAUGGCGAGGACUACGAUCGCGACGGUUAUACUAGCGGUGAUGAUCCAGACUGCCAUGUGCACCAGCAACUGCUCGCGCAUAUGCUCUCCGAGCGAGUUCUUUCCCAAUGUCAAAGGCAAUCUCACGAAGAUCGUCUGGGCGCACGCUGUCAACAGCCAGGCGGAAUUGGAAAAGGCACUCUCGUCAGCGGACGUCAUGAUGCUGGAGGCCGACGUCGUGAUGGGCAAAGUUAACAAUACCAGCGGCAAUUACACCAAUAUCCCGAUAAUGGCGCAUCCACCGGCCAAGGAGAGCGAUCUGUCGCUCGAGGAGUUCCUCAACGCCACCAACAUCAACGGCAAGAAGGGCAUCAAGCUGGACUUCAAGUCCAAUGAAGCUUUCGAGAGCAGCAAGCCCAUUCUCGACAGGAUGCGACGGAACUUUAAGUACCCACUUUUCCUCAACGCGGACAUCCUGCCUGGACCAGUCAACGCUACUACCGCUAACACCGUUCCGCUGAACGCGACGGAAUUCGUGAAAGGGGCGAGCCUUGUUUUGCCGGAGUCUACUCUUUCUGUCGGUUGGACAACCAGAUACGGGAAGGAAUCUAACAUCACCGAGGGCCGAUACACCACGGAGCAGCUCAAGAAGAUGGUCGACACUCUCACGGAGAGUCGUAUUACCCAGCCGGUAACUUAUCCCGUACGAGCCGGCCUCGUCGCGAACGAUAUCGAUGGCAUGAAGGCGUUACUGAAGAACACGACGUCGACCAACGUGACCCUGACGAUCUGGUCGCCAGAGGGCGACCACGUCGACGCCGCGCAACUCUCAAAACUGAUCAAAGCAGUGGGAGUCGACAAGGUCUACGUGGACGUACCGAAGGACUUGAGGAGCAAACUCAACCUCUCGGGCGCGUCCGCGAUGACACCCGCGAUGAUGAUAAAUUUGGGCGCGUCGCUGGCGCUUAUGGCCCUGUCGAGGAUGCUGUAAGGUCGGGGACGUGGGUAGGAGACGUAGACUUGUGCGGGGAGAUUCGAGAAACGGGAGGGGCACCUCGUCCCCCAGGAGCCUCUCGAUAAAGAAACGAAAGUACGAGCGAACGACGAGGUCCGAUAACAAUCGCGCGCCGUGAAUGUCGUUUGAUCGUCAUCGCGAUUGUCCGAUCGGACCUUCGUCCGUCUCAUCGGCUACAUUUCUUACCUCCCACGACAUCCGAGAUUCGUCGUCGCAGCGAAUAAUUUCCACAGCGAGGCAUUUUCCACGCGAGACACUUCCCUAUCCGAGGACAAAAAAAAAUGCACGUUUUUGCCGAAUAGAAUUUGUACUUAAAGAAAUCGUGCAAGCGACACGCAAAAUAAGAAAAUCCGAUUGUAUAAAAUAUACUUUCUUUUCUAAAUAUAUCCGACGUUAGUAAGCAGUAACGUAAAAACAAAAAAAAAAGAUAUGUGUAGGCGAACGCGUUCCAAUUGUAUCGAGAGUAACUUUAAUACCGUUGAUAAACAGUAACGCUUUACCUAUUGUUAAUUAAUGUCUAAACAGUUUCUUAAUAUUAUAUUAUACGUAUAUUAAAUACAAAUCAAUUGAUAACGUAGCAACCACACACGCACGCGCACGACCGAUCACACACUCGAAAUACUUGUUGCGCAAAAAAUAUGUAUGUUAAAGAUGUAACGAUUAUAUAUGAAGGACGCGUGUCUCCGACAAAUUGCCCUCAAGUUUUUUAUUAAAGUACAAAGUAUAGCGAUACGAGAAGAGCGCACCUUACGUAACUUCGUGUCGAGUACUAAUUACCGAGCGCGUCCGCGCGCGCUCCUCACGCGUUUAAAUGUCCCUUCGUAAUGUUCACCGCCCUGUACCUGCGUUUAACAUAUCUCCGAUUUAGGUGCAGCAACAGAUUAUAUUAGUCUCUAUAUAAGCUACGCAUUAAAGCCAAAGGAUUUAAAAAAACAACAGCAGUAUACAGUGCGAGAGCGCAUUGCGUUUGAUAAUGAGUCAAUAAAACAUUACGCAAAAUUACGGAGGAAA